AUGUUUGCUGUACCAGAUGUAUCUGUCAAAAUGUCUGCUGUACCAGAUGUGUCUGACAAAAUGUCUGCUGUACCAGAUGAGUCUGACAAAAAGUCUGCUGUAUCAGAUGUGUCUGACAAAAAUUCUGCUGUAUCAGAUGUGUCUGUCAAAAAGUCUGCUGUAUCAGAUGUGUCUGUCAAAAUGUCUGCGGCAUCAGAUUUGCUCUACAACCUCGGUCUUCUCAAGAUCCGAACCUUGCAGAUCAACCGCAGCCAAGUCUACCUGGCCUGUUACCAUGGCAACCCGUUUGUGAAGAAGGUGCUGAAGGUGUACGAGAACGAGCCCGAGUCUCUGGAAGUCUUCAAGACGGAGCUCUCCCUCCUGCAGAGGAUCCAGCACCCCAACAUCAUCCCCAUCGAGGCCGCCUUCAAGCUGCCCUUCCACAGCGUCAUCGUCAUGCCGUUCUGCGAGUGGGGCGCCCUGACCAACGUCGUGGGCAGGAUCGACCUCAGCCACUUCGACCACUACUUCCUGCAGCUGUGCAGCGCCAUCAAGUACCUGCACGGCCAGGGCAUCGCCCACAGGGACAUCAAGCUGGACAACAUCCUGCUGGACGCCUUCCAGCGCGUCUACAUCACGGACUUUGACCUGUCCUGUACUGUCGAGCCUGAGAACCCCACUGUCCAUUACAAGGGGGGAACAUUUCCUUACAUGGCGCCUGAGAUGUUGGCUGAGCCUGAUGGAUCUUACGAUGGAUUUAAGAUCGACAUGUUCGCCUUUGGUGUCGUCAACUACGCCAUGUUGUUUCAACAAGUCAUCAUCGAGCCCGAGGACUACCUGGAGGAGACCCGGGCGUUCCCCUGGCCUGAGCCCAUGUUGUUUCACAAGGCCAUCCUGGAGAACUUGCUGCUGCCCGACCCUGGGGCGAGGUGGGGAAUCCUGACGUUGAUAGAAAACCUUAGCACUGUCCCCUCGUUGGCUGAGAGAGCCAAAUUCCUGUAA